GUCAAACUAGCCCGAAUGGGAGGAAGCAGGCGACCAACCUGCUCGCCUUGCUGCCAGCCUGUCGCAACCUCUCCCAGCUCGAGCUAAUUGUGGGAAUUAUUCCGCCUUCUUCCUCCCUUUUUACCCGCUAAAUAAGGCUCGACAAUGGCUACCAAAAUCAAGGCCGGUUCUGUGGUGGAGAUGCAGGGUGACGAAAUGACCCGUGUCAUCUGGGAGCUCAUCAAGCAGAAGCUAAUCUUCCCCUACCUGGAACUGGACUUGCACAGUUACGACUUAGGAAUGGAGAACCGCGACGCUACGAAUGACCAGGUGACGGUGGAGGCAGCUGAGGCGGUGCGGCGCUACAGCGUGGGCAUCAAGUGUGCCACCAUCACGCCGGAUGAAAAGCGCGUGGAGGAGUUCAAGCUCAAGCAGAUGUGGCGCUCGCCCAACGGGACCAUUCGGAACAUACUGGGCGGCACCGUCUUCAGGGAGGCCAUCAUUUGCCGGAACAUCCCCCGUCUGGUGCCUGGCUGGGUCAAGCCCAUCAUCAUUGGCAGGCAUGCCCAUGGAGAUCAGUACAAAGCCACCGACUUUGUGAUUCCCGGGCCGGGCAAAGUGGAGAUGAUCUACACGCCAGUAAGCGGAGAGCAGGUCAAGUUCGUUGUCCAUAAUUUUGAAGGCACUGGUGGCGUGGCAUUGGGGAUGUACAACACAGACAAAUCCAUCAGGGACUUUGCUCACAGCUCCUUUCAAAUGGCUCUUGUUAAGUCCUGGCCUCUCUACCUCAGCACCAAGAACACCAUCUUGAAGAAGUACGAUGGACGAUUCAAAGACAUUUUCCAGGAGAUUUAUGAGAAGGAAUACCGUGCUAAGUUUGAGGCCAAAGGUAUCUGGUACGAGCACCGGCUGAUUGACGACAUGGUGGCCCAGGCCAUGAAGUCAGAUGGAGGCUUCAUUUGGGCCUGCAAGAACUACGAUGGAGAUGUACAGUCUGACUCCGUGGCUCAAGGCUACGGCUCCCUGGGUAUGAUGACCAGUGUGCUGAUCUGUCCAGACGGACGGACCGUGGAGUCGGAGGCGGCGCACGGCACAGUGACGCGCCACUACAGGCAACAUCAGCAGGGGAAAGAAACCUCCACAAACCCCAUAGCAUCCAUCUUUGCGUGGACGCGAGGCCUCCUCCAUCGCGCGAAGCUGGACAGCAACGUGGAGCUGCGCGUGUUCGCGGAAGCACUUGAGGACGUUUGUGUCGAGACCAUUGAGGCGGGCUUCAUGACCAAGGAUUUGGCCAUCUGCAUCAAGGGCCUGUCAAAUGUGAAACGUGCUGACUACCUGAACACCUUCGAGUUCUUGGACAAGCUGGCAGAGAACCUAAAGGCCAAGCUGGCCAAUCAGCCUAAGCUGUGAUGCACUUGAACGCGCACGCUCACGCUGCUGCUGCCGCUGGAGGCUUGCCGGUCAGACAAAAGCAGGGAAGACCCGGUCCACGUCUCCAGCAGGACUUUGGAAUAGAGAAUACAUUAAUUCCUUCACACAGGAGGUGUGAAUAGACUGCACGGUACUCGAAUGAAGUAUGAAUAAUACACAAAAAGCAUUGCGUCACUGUCCAAUGUAAAACAUGUAACUCCAGAUUUUGUGUGAUUUUUUUUUUUUUGUUUGUUUGUUUUUUUUGUCUUUUUAUGUGUUUGUUUUUAAUCUGAAAAAUAGCAAACAUGUUUUUAUGUUUUGGACAAGAAAGAAAGAUGAAAACAAAAAUGUGGAGCUACAUGCAUGCCAUUGAAUAGUGCUAACUGAGAAGCUCCAGUAAUAAUUCUAAUCAUGAAGAAUAAUUACACGUGGUUUUAUGUUUGACCAAGUUUAUUUCAAUUUUACAUUUAGAAAUCUUUGUAUUACCAGUGUUGUCUAUUUGCAUCCAAGUAACAACAUCCUGCCAUAGAACCUCAUUAAAAUGUCCAUCUGA